CUCGCAAUUCCACAGGUGCUAGAACGCAUACAAUGUAUGCGGUCUAGCACCUGUAGAAUUGCAUGUACAUGUCAUGUACAUGCUCCAUACUAGAAACAGACUCUUCACCCAAAUCACGCAACGACUUUUCCAUUUCCAAAUCUCUCCAAGACCGCAAUCGUCGACUUCAGCCACCAUCGAUGCGCUUCAGCCUUUUCCUCGUAUUGACGGUGGUCGCUCUCGCCGUGAGCUUCUUCGAGUUCACCUGCGCGAAGGAAGAAGUUACAAUCAAGGGAUUCGACGAGAUGUGGAAAGGUGCUUUUGCGAAGAUAAAAGCGAACCCGGACAAAUUUAAAGGAUUGAGCACUGCGGCAACAAACGAAAAUGCCAUCGUCAAGUAUAAAGAAGCUGGUCAGCUUGCAGUCACUUCUGCAAAGAACACGAACAAGCUUCGAGGAGCAGAAAAACUUGCGAGUGAUUCGACAAAGAACUUGGAGAAGGCCAUUGUCAAGAUCGAAGCUGGGGCGAAGUUUAAGCCCCUGGAUACAGCUUCGGCCAAGUUUAAAGGCGAUUUUACCAAGCUGAAGGCGGCAGGACAACUAAAAAACGUUGACGAGAAGCAGGCCGCAAAGAUCACGGAGAGUGUUACGGAGGAGAUCGUCAAGAACCCGUCCAAGACGCGCAACAUCAUGAAAGCUGUCGGAAUUGCGUACGGCAUUGGGCUAACGGCACUUAUUGCCGGAAGCCUCAUCUCGAUGGCCCCGUAGAUGAUGAGGCGAUUAAUCUGAAGCUGAUGGAGCUAAUAAAGCAUUUUGUUUGUAUCACUCCUUAUUAAUAGCAGAAGUGUCUAUCUCGA